AUGGACAGUGAUUCGAACAGCAACACCACGAAAGUGCCGUCCACGGCAAGCUCCUUAGUCGAAAAGAAGGCCAGCCAGGACGAUCACCUGAGUUAUACCACAGUUCCCGAAACUACUGGAUCCGAGAACAAUUUGCAAACCGGCGAGAAGCCAGGGCAGCCUGGCGAUGAUGGCCUCUUCGAGCCCGCGCCGGUCGAGCUGACUCUCACUCAGCAACGUAACGCCGCCGAGGCAAGCCAAAAUUAUCCCAGUGGCCUCAAACUCACCAUCAUCAUGCUUGCUCUUGAGCUCGCCGUGCUGUGCGUUGCCCUCGACAACACCAUUGUCGCCACGGCGAUUCCGAAAAUCACGAACCUCUUUCACGCACUAGACGACGUCGGCUGGUAUGGCUCUGCGUAUCUGCUCACCCUGUGCGCUUUCCAGCUGUUCUUUGGCCGUCUCUACCAGCGCUUCAGCGUCAAAUGGGUCUUUCUUCUCUGCCUCUUUGUCUUCGAACUCGGCUCUCUCAUUUGCGGCGUUGCCCCGAGCUCAACUGCCCUCAUCGUCGGCCGUGCCAUCGCUGGCGUCGGCGCAGCAGGUAUUUUCUCGGGCGCGCUCAUCAUCAUUGCAUUUUCGACACCCCUGGAGAAGCGCGCUAUAUACACGGCCCUUGUCUCGGCCGUGUUUGGUAUCGCCAGCGUCGUUGGCCCGCUGCUCGGCGGCGUAUUCACAGACAAGGUUAGCUGGCGCUGGUGCUUCUACAUCAAUUUGCCCCUGGGCGGCGUGACGGGUGUGGCCCUCGUCUUCUUCCUCGACACGCCGCCGCGCCAAGCACAGCCUGUCACCAACGAGACCUGGCUCCAAAAGAUAAUGCAUUACGAUCCCAUUGGCAACAUCAUCUUCCUCCCGUGCAUCGUGUGCAUCUUGCUCGCGCUGCAGUGGGGCGGCACCACAUACCCGUGGAGCGACGGCCGCAUUAUCGCUCUAUUGGUUCUCUUCAGCGUGCUGCUUAUCGCCUUCGUGGGCGUACAAUUUUGGAUGGGCGAGGAUGCCACCGUCCCGGUGCGCAUCGCUCGUCAGCGUAGUGUCGGUGCUGCGGCCAUCUACACCUUCUGCGUCGGCGCCGCUUUCUUCACCAUGGUCUACUAUCUGCCCAUCUGGUUCCAAGCCAUCCGCGGCGCGUCAGCCACCCAGUCUGGUAUCGACACAUUGCCCAUGAUGAUCUCCACGACUGUCGGAAACAUCAUCGGCGGCGUGUUUGUCUCCGUCACGGGCUACUACACGCCCAUGAUGUGGUCGCUGCCACCCAUUGCGUCCGCCGGCGCCGGGCUCAUGACGACUUGGACUGUGGACGUGUCCGCAGGCAAGUGGAUCGGCUACCAGAUACUGUUGGGCCUCGGGCUCGGGCUCGGCAUGCAGCAAGGCAUGGUCGCCGCACAGGCAUCGCUGCCGCUUGCUGACACGGCCAUCGGCACGGCGCUGCAAGUGUUUUCACAGAUGUUCGGCGGCAGUCUCUUCGUCAGCGUCGCCCAGAACGUCUUCAUUACUGGCGUGCUAAAAGGUCUCGCUACCAUUGAUGACCUGGGCAUGACACCUCAAGCUGUAGUUGACGCCGGCGCCACCUCCCUGAACAAUUUGUUUGGUGACAGCCCGUCGCUGCUGGCCGAGGUUAAGUUGCAGUACCAUGGUGCUGUCAUGUGGACCUUCCGCACUGCGUUAAUUAUGACGUGCUUGAGCAUCUUAGGGGCUAUCUUCGUGGAAUGGCGGAGCGUAAAGGGCAAGAAAAUUGAGAUGGUGGCGGCGUAG